AUGCAUAUGCCUGAAAUGCAUAUGCCUGUAAUGCAUAUGCCAGCAGUCUUUCGUAGACAACAAGACUCUCCCAAUACUCCUCCACAUAUAGAAUUCCAACCGCAACAUCCUCCACAUACACAAUUUCAACCGCAACCAAGUAAUCCUAAUCGUGCCGAUGUUGAAAUGGGAACUGUUUGGGGUAUCCCUGUUCUUCCGCAACAAAUUGGACAUCCAAUAGGACAGAUUCAUCCUGCUCAACAAUAUCAAUAUCGCCACCGUCGUAAUGUGAAAGAAGCGCAGAAAGGUUGGUAUUUAUUUAAGAAUAAAGUAUGGCCUUAA